AUGUCUGUUCUUACCGUUGCCCUGAAGGCUCCUGGAGAGACAAUCCUUCCAGCUGUUGCUGUGGCCAGCUGUCUCAUAGAUGCCAAUCCUAAGGCUGGAUUGACCAUUGUCUACGAGGAAUCUGAGAAGGUUGGAAGCAAGGGUGGAAAGGUUGAGCUCAAGACGGACGAUGGCUCCCUACUCUACGACGCCGAGAUCAUCCCUUAUUUACGUGACAAGUAUGAGGUUCUACAAGCUGGAAAUAAGGAGCAGGUUGAUGAGUGGUUGAAAAGGGCCCUUGAGUUCACAAAGCCCGAUUUCAAGGCAAUGGAUAAGCCCAUGAAGGAGCUGGAGUCCCAUCUCACCCUCCGCUCUUACAUUGUGGGCUAUGGUUUAACCUUGGCCGAUUUGGUUGUUUGGGCUACCCUCCGUGGAAACCGGGUUACGAGUGGAGCCGUGAAGAGGUUCACAAACAGCACUGGUAGAUGGUUCAACUUCAUCGAGACCAUGUACCCUUGGAUCGGUCAAGGUGCGGCCGAGAUGGCGGCCGGAGCCAUGAAGAAGAAAGCAGCAGCUAGUGCCGCUGGUGCUAGUUAUAACAUUGGUCUUCCGGAUACCGACAAGGGAGUAGUUACUCGAUUCCCACCAGAGCCAUCCGGUUAUCUUCACAUUGGUCACGCCAAAGCAGCUCUACUCAAUGAUUAUUUUGCGCAUGAGGCCUACAAGGGAACUCUGAUUUGCCGAUUUGAUGAUACCAACCCUUCUAAUGAGAGCCAAGAGUUUGUUGAUGCAAUCACUUACGACCUGUCAUUGCUGGGAAUCUUCCCUGACCGCAUCUCGUUCUCCAGUGAUUACUUCCAGGAGAUGUACGAGGACUGUAUUAAGAUCAUUAAGAGCGGCAAUGCCUACGCAGAUGAUACUGAGAAGGAGCAGAUGCAACAUGAAAGAUUUGAAGGAAUUGCUAGCAAGCGUCGUGAUGAAAGCGUUGAGGAUAACUUGGCUCGGUUUGCUGAGAUGAAAACCGGCUCUGAGGAAGGCCAGAGAUGGUGUAUCCGUGCAAAGAUUUCUGUUGAUGAUACCAACAAGGCCAUGCGUGAUCCGGUUAUCUACCGCUGCAACCUAACCCCUCAUCACCGUACUGGAGAUACCUGGAAGAUAUACCCAACGUAUGACUUCUGUGUGCCAAUCCUAGACUCUCUUGAAGGCGUUACCCAUGCCCUGCGUACUAAUGAGUAUAACGACCGAAACCCUCAGUAUGCCUGGUUCCAAAAGACACUCGGAAUCCGCAGUGUCCAUAUCUGGGACUUCUCACGUCUCAACUUUAUCAAGACGUUACUGUCUAAGCGGAAGCUUACCAAGAUCGUUGAUCAGGGCAUGGUUUGGGGCUGGGACGAUCCCCGAAUGCCCACCAUUAGGGGUAUUCGCCGUCGCGGAAUGACUAUUCCUUCUCUGCGUGAGUAUAUUCUGAAGCAAGGGCCCAGCCGAAACAUCAUUAACAUGGACUGGACGACCUUCUGGUCCAAUAACCGCAAGUACAUUGACCCGACAUCCCCACGUCACACGGGUAUUGACCAGGAGGAUAUGGUGCCAGGCACAGUGUCUGGUGCCACCGAUGCUGAUCUGAAGCCCCAGGAGAAGCCGAAACAUCCAAAGAACCCUGAACUGGGCACCAAGACGGUGUACUACUCUAAGGACAUUCUGUUUGAGCAGGAGGAUGCCAAAUCGUUCAAACAAGAUGAGGAGAUCACCCUGAUGAACUGGGGCAAUGCAAUUGUGCGCAAGAUCACCACGGAUGCGGCCAGCGGGAAAGUCACCGGCCUCGACCUCGACCUCCAUCUUGCAGGAGACUUCAAGAAGACAGAGAAGAAGGUCACAUGGUUGGCCAGAGACCAGAAGCUCGUCCCUGCCGAAAUCUACGAGUUCGACUACCUGAUCACCAAGGACAAGAUCGAGAAGGACGAGGACUUUGAGCAGUUCCUCAACCCGAAGACGGAGAUCAAGCACACCAUCUUGGCUGACUGCAACCUGGUGAACCUGAAGAAAGGAGAGAGCAUGCAGUUCGAGCGCAAGGGCUACUACAUCCUCGACCAGGAGCCCAAGGAUGGUCAGCCUGCCAUCCUGUUCAACAUCCCAACCGGUAAGUCUUAA